GACUUGACUGUAUCAGCACGACCGAGCGGCGACGACGACGACGACAACAACGACGGUAGCAGCAACCAAGACAUCACCUGGACAUCGACUUCUUUGGCCGCCCCCAUCGCACCGGCUGAAUUGACUUGCCUUUCGCGUCCCACGAAACCUCAGUCUCCGUCGCCCGUUCGGCUCAGUCAGCCAGCCGCGCAAGGCUCGUACGACCACCGACAACACCGAGUGCCGCGCUGCCCGAAGAGGACGCUAUCGCGAAUCAAGUAUUCUGAAUUAUUGGGGCAGCGACCCCCGCCAACCAGCCCACGACGCACGAGCCCGGGCCAUCAAGAGCCCGAUAACCGUCGCCUUCGCCGCUGCGUGGGUUGAUUUUUCGGCGACGAGCACGAGCACAAGCACCAGCAGACGAGUAAACAUCUGCAGACAGCAGCGAUACAUUGCGGCGUAGGCGAGACGUCGCGCGCAUCAUCGCACGCAUCGGAUCGCAUCGAAUACAACAACCCCGCCUUUACUCCACCACCGCUCCCGGCAGCUCGUCCCUCGCUCCUCGCCUCGCGACGACCAUGUCCCUCCCGUCCAUCUCUAUCCCGCAGGCCCGCCGCAUCGCCGUCGACGUGACGGGCGCGCAGAUUGUGCAGGAGGAGUCGCCUGCGACACGCGACUCGAGAGGUAUCUACCUCCCGCACUACAUUGAGGCCGUUUCGCAUAUCGCUAUUGAUAUCGGCGGAUCCCUCGCCAAAGUCAUCUACUUCACCCGCUCCUCCCACCCCGUCCCCACCACCCCUCCUCGCUCCGACCCCUCCUCGCCCUUCCUCGCCCCAGCGCAGACGCUGUCCUCACCGACCUCGUCCUCGUCCUCAACGCUCCCCCAUGCGCCCGACUCGCUGGCGUCGAGCAGCAGCUCGGGCGAGUUCCACCCGCCGACACCACGGCCAGUGAUCAACGGCGCGCUGACCCCCGGUAUCUUGUCGAAUGCGCGCGCGCAGUCGCGGAGUGGAUCGCCAGCGCGGCCGAAGAAGCGCGGCGGAAUCGGCGGACACCACCGCUUCAGGAGAACAUCGCUCCCGGACCCCCUGCCAGGCGGCCUGGUAAACUUUGCCCGCUUCGAAACGGAGCGCGUCGACGACCUCAUCGAGUUCCUCCAGGACCUGAUCGCCGACAGUGCAAGGGCCAACCGCGUCAGCCUGGACCAGAUGAAGUCGAUGGUCAAGGUCAUGGCGACGGGCGGCGGUGCGCACAAGUUUUACGACCGCCUCACGACCGAGCUGGGUGUCGAGGUGCGCCGCGAAGAGGAGAUGGAGUGUCUGAUUCUGGGAUUGGGCUUUGUGGCUCUCAUUCCAGAGGAAGUCUUCUGGUUCUCCGAGGAGCUCGUCUACAAGGUGUCGCACCCCGAGACGAGCGCAAACGGCACGCCAGUGCCGAUCACCAUCCCCGCCGCCGAGCUGCCACGGCCGUCACCAACACCACCAAUGUACCAGGUGUCUUUUGCGCCCGCGGGCGACGACACGCCAGUGUUCCCGUGUCUGCUGGUCAACAUUGGCUCGGGUGUGUCCAUUGUCAAGGUGGACGAGGACGGCAGCUACGAGCGUGUGAGCGGCACGUCGCUGGGCGGCGGCACGCUGUGGGGCCUGCUGUCCCUGCUCACCGACGCGAGCACGUUUGACGAGAUGUUGCUGCUCUCGGAGCAGGGCGACAACUCGGCCGUCGACAUGCUCGUCGGCGACAUUUACGGCCAGGACGCGAGCAAGAUUGGCCUCAAGAGCUCGACGAUCGCCAGUACUUUCGGCAAGGUGUUCAAGCACGGCGACAGCUCGCAGCGGCGCAAGAAGGCGUUCAAGCAGGAGGACAUUGCCAGGUCGCUCCUGUACGCGAUUAGCAACAACAUCGGGCACGUGGCGUAUAUGAAUGCGGCAAAGUAUGGCCUCGACAGGGUGUUUUUCUCGGGCUGCUUUAUUCGAGGCCACGCCGCAACCAUCUCGACCCUCUCAUACGCCAUCCGCUUCUGGUCCAAGGGCACCAUGCGCGCGUGCUUCCUCCGGCACGAGGGCUUCCUAGGCGCCAUGGGCGCGUGGAUCAAGAAUGUCGAGGACGGCGACGACGCCGCUGCGGGGAUUAACGGCGUUGCGGCCGCCGCAGUUGCCGAAGCGCUCCAGCUCGACGACGCAUUGGAAGAGGUUAGUAAGCUUAGCAUUUCGUAAGGCAUUGCAUGUAUUCUUGCGCACGC